GGCGAGGGCUCUCGUCUCGGUGGGCGGGGUUAUGCUGCGUCUGGCGCGAGGGGCCGUACGUCGCGUCGGGAGGGGAAUCCUAGAGCUUUAGCGGAGCGAGGGGGUGAGAGAAAGGGUGGCGUUCCGCACCGAUAGCGCCUCAGCGUUCAGGGUUGUCCCUGGGCGGUACCCUCACUCUUCUGGACCCGGGUGCUGCUUCCGGCUGAGCUAGGAGGUCGCGCAGGCAGGAGGCCUCCGUCGGAAGGGAGGGAGCGGCAGCAUCCAGGGGACAACAUGCCAACUGCCAAGCAACUAGCCGACAUUGGCUACAAGACCUUCUCCACCUCCAUGAUGCUCCUCACUGUUUACGGGGGCUACCUCUGCAGUGCCCGAGUCUACCGCUAUUUCCAGCGGCGCAGCUCCCAGCGCCAGGCUGCAGAACAACAGAAGACCUCAGGAGUCCCAUAGAACUGGGGGGCUUUUUUCCUUGAGCAGAGAGACCUGAGGCAUGUUGUGGAAAGACCUCACCUGCAAUCAUUUCUGAGUCAAGAGGAUCAGGGCCUUAAUGGUUUUCGAACUCUGCUGGGAAAAAGUGCCCAUGUUUUCUCUGGUACAGUCAGUUUGGAGAGGCUAUUGAAUCAUAACAGGAAUGGGAGGGUGAGGCACACCUACAGACAUUAAAUAUUUUGCCAUGUCUGUG